UGGUGCGCUGUGUCCCUCGGACACAGCGGAUCACCGAUCACGGAAAGAGCUGAAGAUGUCGGCUCAGUCAUGUGAUCAGCUGUGUCCAAUCACAGCUGAUCACAUCAGUGCCACCUGUCAAAGUCCAUCAGUCCCAGCUGUCAGUGCCGAUCAGUGCCACGUGCCAGUGCCUAUCAGUGCCACAUCAAUGCCACAUAUCAGUGCAUACCAGUGCACAUCAAUGCCACAUAUCAGUGCCCAUCUGAGCUGCCUUUCAGUGUCAUCCAUCAGUGUCAGUCAGUGCCACCUAUCAAUGCCAACCAGGGCCACCUAUCAGUGCCAGUCAGUGCAGCCUAUCAGUGUGCAUCAGUGCCACCUAUCAGUGCCAUUAAGUGCCGCCUGACAGUGCCAUAUAUCAGUGCCAUGUAUCAGUGCUGCCUUUCAGUGCCCAUCAGUGAUGCCUGUCAAUGCCCAUCAGUG